GUGCGCGGGAGCGGAAGAGUGAAAGGACCCACCGCACAUUUUCAUUGGCGACCUCUCUGUAGAACCCGCCCUCCGCUGUCUUCACCGCCCCUUGGGGACUACUUCCGGGAAAGCGCGGGGUAGACGGGAGAGGUGGGUUGCUGGAGGCGGGGUCAAGAUGGCGGUGCCUUUGAGGAUUCAGAGCGACUGGGAGCAAGCUCUCAGGAAGGAUGAAGGGGAGGCCUGGCUAAGCUGUCAUCCCCCAGGGAAACCAACUUUGUAUGGCAGCUUGACUUGUCAAGGAAUUGGCCUAGAUGGCAUCCCAGAGGUUACAGCUUCAGAAGACUUUAUUGUGAAUGAAAUAAACAAGAAAAGCAUUCAUAUUUCAUGUUUAAAGGAAAAUGCAUCAUCUAAGUUUUUGGCACCAUAUACCUCCUUUUCCAGAAUUCAUACAAAAAGUAUAACAUGCCUGGACAUUUCCAGUGGAGGAGGCCUUGGCGUGUCUUCUAGUACCGAUGGGAGCAUGAAGAUCUGGCAGGCGUCCAAUGGAGAACUCAGAAGAGUAUUGGAAGGACAUGUGUUUGAUGUGAAUUGUUGCAGGUUUUUCCCAUCAGGCCUUGUGGUUCUGAGUGGGGGAAUGGAUGCCCAGUUGAAGAUCUGGUCAGCUGAGGAUGCUAGCUGUGUAGUAACCCUCAAAGGUCACAAAGGAGGUGUCUUGGAUACAGCAAUUGUUGAUCGGGGAAGGAAUGUGGUAUCUGGUUCUCGAGAUGGAACAGCACGACUUUGGGAUUGUGGGCGCUCAGCCUGCCUGGGAGUUGUUACAGACUGUGGUUCUUCCAUCAAUGGAGUGGCUGUGGGUGCUGCUGACAACUCCAUAAACCUUGGCUCCCCUGAGCAGAUGCCCAGUGAACGGGAGGUUGGAACUGAGGCGAAAAUGUUGCUGUUGGCCCGAGAAGAUAAGAAGCUUCAGUGCCUGGGACUACAGAGCAGACAGCCGGUGUUCCUCUUUGUUGGCUCAGAUGCCUUCAACUGCUGUACUUUUCUCUCUGGCUUCUCACUAUUGGCUGGGACGCAGGAUGGAAACAUUUAUCAGUUGGAUGUAAGGAGUCCGAGGGUUCCAGUUCAGGUGAUCCACAGAUCAGGAGCACCAGUUCUCUCCCUGCUGAGUUUCAGAGAUGGAUUCAUUGCUAGCCAAGGUGAUGGAAGCUGUUUCAUUAUCCAGCAAGAUUUAGACUAUGUCAUGGAACUCACCGGGGCUGACUGUGACCCUGUGUACAAGGUGGCCACAUGGGAGAAGCAGAUAUACACUUCCUGUCGAGAUGGUCUUGUGCGACGCUAUCAGCUUUCUGACCUUUAACCCCUUGGAAAGAGAAGUCCCCAGCUAGUGAAAAGAUUGAUGCUGAUCAAGAAUGAGCAGAAACGUCAUCAGUCCUUCCCAAGGAUCAUAGCCCUUUAUUGACGUGGGCAUCCCUUGGAAGUCACAGAAACUCAGCUACACUGGCCCAUGUGGAACUGUCAUCUGAUGAUGAGACCCUACUUUGAACUCAGUAAGAAGCUCACAUGUGCUCAAUGCAUUUGCCACAAUUUCUCCUUGUGUAAACUCACCUCAGCAACAUAGGACAAGGAUAUGGGUGCUUAUAGUGUGAUCUCAUACCGACUGUGUUAGAUGUUUGUAAGGACCAGUUGAUUGAACCCUUUUCUCUGAAGGAAAUAAAGGAAAUGUGUUUGGA